AUGCUUAGUGCUUUUAGACAACUGGCAGCGCGAGCGCUGCUGAAGCCUCGUGUCUCGAGUGCAAUUGGUAGAUCUGGCAUGCACACUUUCCAAAGCCAUACGAUCUUAACUCAGUCAGCGAUGCCCGUGUCAUUACUGAAGCCAAUAGUGCCAAUGGAACCAAACACAACUCCUGAAGAGCUGUUCACAGACAGUGUAAUGCGGAAAAGACGACUAAAAAUGAAAAAGCAUAAGCUGCGGAAGAGAAGAAAGAGACAAAAAGCUGAAAAGAGGAAAAAGUCUCAAGGUAAAUGA